AUGUAUGCUCUCCAAGAAGAAGAAAAUGUUGAUAACCCAUCAGUAAUUAAAGGUAUGUUAAUCCUUACGAAUUCUUGGGUUAAAGUAUUGUUUGAUUCUGGAGCUUCGUAUUCUUUUAUAUCCACUGCAUGUGUGACAAGUUUGGGUUUAGAACCAGAAGCGUUAGAGAUAGCUAUGAGUGUCGCUUCACCCUUAGGAGGUCAAAUCCGAGUAAAUCUAGUAUGUAAAUCUUGUGAGCUAGAAAUCUCCAGUUCAUAUUUGAUCUGUGAUCUAAGAGUUAUGGAUAUGUCUGAUUUUGAUGUCAUCCUAGGAAUGGACUGGUUGUCAGUUCAUCGAGCCAUUAUUGAUUGUUACUAUAAGAUAGUGACAGCAUCCCCCCUUAACGGCACGAAAGUUCAAUUUAAAGGAAAUAGACAAGAUUCUCUAACUCCAACGUGUCGCAAGUCGUGA